UAAUACACAUAGUUUGAAUUCCAACAACAUAAAAACCCACAACAAAACCCAUUUUUACCAACUGCUCAUCUCAUCUUCUUCGUUUACUUUCCCACAAAAUAAAAUUGAAAAUCCAGAAGAAACAAUGGCUGAUAAGAAAGUGAAUCCGAUAGGUAACGCAAUGGGUUUGCUUCGUAUCCGUGUUAUACGUGGCAUUAAUCUGGCCGUUCGUGAUGUUAAGAGCAGUGAUCCUUAUGUCAUCGUGCGUCUAGGAAAACAGAAACUAAAGACUCGUAUCAUCAAGAAGUCUCUUAAUCCGGAAUGGAAUGAAGAUCUGACUCUGUGUGUUAUGGAUCCAAAUGAACCUGUUAGACUUUUUGUUUAUGACCAUGACACAUUCUCGCUGGAUGACAAAAUGGGAGAUGCAGAGUUUGAUAUGAGACCAUUCUUAGAUGCAGUAAAGUCGAACUCACAGGGCGCUCCAGAUGGAACUGUUAUCAGAAAACUGAUACCAGACAGGCAAAACUGCAUUGCGGAGGAGAGUUGCAUUGUCUGGAAGGAUGGCAAAGUCACUCAGAACAUGUUCUUACGACUCCGCAAUGUUGAAUGUGGUGAAAUUGAGCUCCAGUUGCAGUGGAUCGAUCUUCCUAGCUCUCGAGGUGCAUAAUCAUUGUUGCAUGGUCCGUGAUCUCCUUGUACAUAACAAAUUGCUGUCCUAUUGACUUAGCGUAAUGUGGUAUUUGGACUAUCUAGAUCUCAUGAAUGUGGGUGUUUGGAAUUGAGGAUGCAUAAAAGAAUAGUUAUCUUUGUAGCUGAUUAAGUUUUGUAAGUGAGACUUCCAAUAUUAUAUGGCGAGUACAUGUUGUUAUAUAAACGGUGUACUCCCUCUUGUGUCUGCUAAUCAAACUCUUAAUCUUCAGCUUA